CUAGAUGACCGGCUGUCUGGGCGCCCGCUGUCCCUGGAUGCAGCAGGCUACUUCAUCAUCCAAGUCGAUCCAGGCAGCCGGGAGCUGGUGGCGGAAUUUUACACCAACGUCAUCAACGAGCAAGGCCUGGCCUGCGACCCCGCCACCGGUGAGGUCAUCUCCUGCAAGCCCGGCGCCGCGCGCCUGCCCGCGCGCACCUGGCGCGGCCGCACCGCCAAGCAGCUGAGCGUGCAGAUUCUGGAGGCCGACCACGGCUUCCGCCCCGUCACCCACCUGGAGCACGCAAAUUACCUGGGCCGCGAGCUGCAGCGCGCCGAGUUUGCGCUGCUCACGGGGCAGCGCUACGUGCAGGAC